AUGGAUGCGCGUUUUGGCCUCCGCGAGGCCCAAACACCUCCGGGGGCCUAUUCUUUAGGACGCGCCCAGCUGUUAAGAGCUUCCUUGCCUCAAGGAGAGCUGCCGGGCAUGGCUGUGACAGCGGCAGUGAUAGAAGUUGCUUUGGACCCCCCCAUCAAGGGGAUAGAUCCACUGGUGUCUGAAGUGUGUGGGAGGCCCUUGAGUCGGGUACCGGUAAUAAGAAUAUACGGGCCCUGGGGCCCCGGAGGACCGCACUGCUGCCUGAACUUGCACGGCCUCUUUCCUUAUUUCUAUGUUCCAGUACCUCCGGAGGCUUAUGGAAAUGGCGCCCCUUCCUUUCUACGCGCCUUUGCCCGUCGUCUGGUGCUGCAAGCAGACCGGCUCAUGGCAUCCAAGGCUCGUAGUUCUAGGGGUUCACGCUUUGUCAGAGGAGGUGGCUCUGGACAACCUUACGUGGGGGACGGACUUGGGCCGAGUGGGAGGACAAAUCUGAGCGGGGCGCCUCCACCGCUUGUGCACAAAAUAGAGGUAGUGAAGAGACUACCGUUCUAUGGAUACCACAGGGAAUUUCAUGCUUUUUUAAAGAUAUCGUUAACGAUCCCGAGUAUGGUGGGACCCCUGGCUGGACUGUUGCUGCAGGGAAUAGUUACAGGAUCCCCUCUGCAACCGUUUGAAGUGCACUUGAAUUUCCAGGUGAGUUCACUUAUCUGCAUUCAUCCUUAUGCUCCUUGCAUGCCUCUGACAGAAAAUGAGAGACAGGAAGGGACUGGAUAA